AUGAACCCCGACCAGGCAGAAGCGGGGCCCUCCACGCCUCGCACCCCGCCGGCAACACCUCCAGCAACCAAGUCUCGGCGGCGCUCGUGGUUCGGCCUCGUCGCAUCUCCGUUUGGCACCGGCACGUCCUCUACCUCGGGGUCGCCUAGAAGGGUGUCUUUCGCAGCCGGGGAGGGCAGGGAGGAGGGGCUCGAGCUGGCAGAUCGAUCUCAGGAGAACGGCGCGGAACCGAGAACGCCUACGAGCGCUAGGCGGCCGAGCUCGAGAGAGACGGAUGGAGAGGAAGUCCUGACCAUCGAUGGACAGCCAGAGACACCUACCUCCAUACGGAAGCAGCGGCAGAAGGGGCGGUCUCGCGGUGUCGAUGAGGAGCAUGGCGAGGUGGUCAGGCUAGACGAUUUGAGUAUAGGCCGGAGGGGCAGCUUGGGGAAGGCGCUAUGGCCUCCGGAUGCCGGAGACGGUGUGACUGCACACCACGACGCAGCUGACCAGUACAAGCACAUCCCGCAAUCAGAUACACCUAUGACGUCGCCUUCGCAACUCCCCCCAUCAGGAGACAGCCCUUCUCGACCAGCAGCGUCUGAAUCAGCCAGACCCGCCUUUGGUCCGCGCACAUCUUCCCUCACAAUCCCGACUAUCCGAGUUCCACCUGACAAAUCCACCCCAGUCCUACCUAUAGAUCGCCCUCUACCCGCCCUCCCUGUCCCCACCGAUAUCGUCAUCACCCCUUCGUCCCCUCGUAAACUCCUCAAACCGUCUUCACACCCUCACACCCAGUCCCGCCGCGCAUCGGCAUCGAUGACUGAUCUGCGAGCGGGCCGGACUGGCAAGGGGGACACAAACCGGCCGCACACGAGCGGGAGCGGCAGCUCAUCUCGGUCUUCAAGCAAGGUCAUCAGCCGAAAAAGCUCAAUGAUCGGCUUGGGUCUGCCCAAGGGCAUGGGAAGAGGGGACGAGAUGGCCCCGCCCCCAGUACCACAAAAGGCUCAGUCGGUCUCGUCGCCACAUCCGUCGAGAUCGGCGAGUCCUGUCCCGAAGAUCUCGUUUGCCGAGCCAGAGGAGGAUAUGCAGAGGGGAAGGGCGGAAGAGGCGGGGGAAGGGACCAAAAAGGACAAAGAUAAGGGGAAGCGGGCGCGGAGCCUGUCAGGGAUCUUCACUCGGUCGACCUCGCAACCAGUGCCUCCCAAGCCUGGGUCGGUUCAUCCGAGCGAGGCGGGGGACGGACAGGAUGAGAUCGAGGUAUUGGCGGAUAGUGAAGACGAUCAAGUGGAGACGGGCAAGAUGGCAGGCGUGCUGGAGUGGCUGGGGGUGCGCAAGCCAGGAAAGAGAAGGUUGUCGGACGCUAAGCUGGCAAAGGGGAAGGCGGCCGUGGAGGUUCAGGACACCCCAGGCGGAGACAUGGAUGAGGGAACCUUACGGGCCGACUCACGGCCACACAUGCGGGACCUCUCGUCGACGUCGACCAUCAUGGGCCCCACCUCCAAUAAUCGCUCCACCACACCCAUGGCUAUCGCUAUCCCAACCCACCGAUCUGGCUUUGCCUCGUCUAGCACCCUCGAUCUCCCAAAUAAUGGCGACUCGAGUGCACCCUCCCCGAAUGAGGCGGACGCUACUCCUUAUAUGGCGAGCCCCACAAGCGAAGGCGGAGAGUUCUUUAUCCCGCCCACCGCCCCAUGGGUGGAUGCCACGGAGGCCGCGCCAAAGACUACCGGCGUGAUCAAGGAUGGCAGACUGCGAUCUCGGUCGGACGCAUCCGCCCCUUCGCCACAUGUGGUCCCUGGUCAACUCCAAGGGCCCACUGCGCAUGGAUCACCAGAUCCGGCCCCGAGUCAAGAUGCGGUCCGUCCGAAGCUCGGCGGCCGGUCCUACUCCGGUAAUUCGGUCAUCAUCGAAAAGAUGAAGGGAGUCUUUUCCAAGUCAUCUGCGCGGAACCGGUCCCGCAGCAAGAGCCUGCUUCAGCCUGAAGGCGGAGCUGAGAGCGUUGACGAAUUUGGCGGGCUGGCGACAAGUCGAGGGCGGGCGGGCACGGCAUCCACUGCUUCACUGGCCAGCUCACAGCAAUGGAGCCCGAGCCCCGCCACGAAAUCCUCUCUCUUGGAUCUGCACAAUGGAGGUCGGCAGGGCGCUUUGACCGACACACCGCACGAGUUGCCUCGAGCUAGUCUCAGCGGUACGAUGUACUCCACCCCACCAUCAUCCUAUGCCCAAUCCACCACCACCUCCACCAUAAGCGAGAGCGCCGGCUCCAUCCCCUCCACCGCCAAACCCGCUAGAACGCGAGGACGAGCGUCCACCGUAUCGUUUGCGUCCUCUGCGCCACAGACGUCCUUCUUACCUCCCCCUCCACCCAUCUCGCCCAGUCUCUUCCCCGUAUCUGGCAUAGCGACACCCCCUCGCCGGCGUCCCAGUGCGAUCCAGCGCUUCUCGUCGGGACUACUCGGGACCUCGGCGCCGUCAUCGCCGAAAGGCAGCCUCUUCCCCUUGCCGCCUCGCUCAAGCGGGUCGACCUUCUCUGGUGGAAAUGACGACAGCUUAUCGAACGGGACUGGUGCGACCAGCCUGCUUAUGAGCCCCGGAGCGAGUCCACGUCCAAGUACAGGCUCGGCGUCGGCCAAACCCUGGAAGACGGACAUCAAGGUGGAAGAAGGGGAGUCUGCGGCGGGAUGGCUGGACCGUAUGGUAGCUAGUGUGGGCAGGGACGAGAUCGCGGGUGUACUGGCUUCAAGUGGUGAUGAGCUGCAUACCCGAGCACUUGAGCUGUACAUGGCUCAGUUCGACUUUACGCACAAUGCGCUCGAUGUAGCACUGAGGCGGCUAUUGAUGCAGAUCAGCCUGCCAAAGGAGACGCAGCAGAUUGAUCGGGUACUGGAGGCGUUUGCGAAGCGAUAUGAGGCUUGCGAGCCGGGGCUGUUUGGGUCAAAGGACAACACCUAUGUCCUAGCUUUCUCGAUGAUGAUGCUUCAUACCGACGCCUUCAACCGGAACAACAAGAACAAGAUGUCUAAGGCAGACUAUGUCAGGAACACGCGCAUGGACGGCGUCAGCCCGCUCACCCUCGAAGCAUUCUACGACAACAUCACCUACGCGCCAUUUGUAUAUGUCGACGUGGACGCGGAGAUGCUCCCUCCCGGGCCCGUCAAUGGCUCGACAACGCCAUCAUCCGGAUCCACUAUGAUGACGCCUCGGCGCGCUCCCACUCCGACUUCCGUCCUAUCCACAUCGGCCAAGCAGCCCGAUGUCUACGCUCUCAUCACUUCCAACAAUCUCCACCCGCUCCGUGUCGACCUGGAACGCACCAUCCCGGCGGGAUCGCCAUUCUCGUCCCUCGGAACCAGGCCAUUUCUCGAGACUAGCCGAAUACAUGAUACGUUUGUCUCGGCGGCAAUACUGCGGAUUGCGGAUGGAGCAGGCGCGAAUGGAACAGCGAGCAAGAGGAAGGCGUCGGGAGUGACAGGCAAGAAGGGGGCAGGGAGUGAUGCGGAGGGGUCAGUAGGGGUUGAUGGGGAGAUAUCUCUGAGAGUCACCAAAGUGGGGACUCUCUCCAGGAGAGAUGACGCCUUUGACUCCAAUCGCAAGACCUCACGCAAGUGGAAGUCCUGGAGCGUGAUUCUCUCCGGCUCGCAGCUCCUCUUCUUCAAAGAUCCGUUCUGGGCUCUUACGCUCCAGGAGCAGCUGAAGGCCGAAGGUGCGGAUGCGAAGCGGGAUGAGCGGGGCCAAGUCCUGCUACCGCGAGUAGCGAGAUUCGUACCGGAGGAGGUCUUCCCCGUCAAAGAUGCCGUGGCCGUCUGGGAUCGAAGCUUGACAGGCAACCCACAUACAUUUCGUCUUAAUCUACCUCACCGUUCCUAUCUCAUCCAAGCCGCCGACGAGUACGAGAUGAACGAAUGGAUCGGUCUCAUCAACUAUGCCGCCGCCUUCAAGACUCCCGGUAUUCGGAUGCGGUCUGGCGGGAUGAAGCGGGAUCAAGCCUUGCUUGCCGGCGCGGCCGCGGCGUCCAGUAUUCAACGGGAAGCUAGAUCCCUUGACGCGGCGGGUGUAGAAACGCAGAAGGGCCGGAAACGGUUUGGCUCGGUCGCACAAACGCCGGAUCGGUCCGAUACUUCCUCUCCUGUUUCUGGGCGUAAUGCUCGACGAUCGAUAGAGAGCGAAAACUCGGGCCUUGUUGUCAAGGACGAUGGGGAGCGGCUGGGAGAGGUGUUCAAGGCGGUCAAGGCAGAGCUGGCGGCUUCCCCUGCGCUAGGUCUAACCACGUCGGGGAGCGCUCCGCCGAGGGCAAGAGCGGGGAUGAAGGUCAGAAUUCCGAGUUCGCAAGCUACCAGUAUACGCAGCUUCCAGUCCAAGCUCGACACAGCCCAAUCCACCCUGGACUCGCAUCUCACACAAGCGCGAAAUCUCGCUAUCCUCACUCCCUUCCAACGCACCACGCGAGACCGUAUAUCCAGCGCCAUCCCCCCUCUCGCCGCCAAGAUCCGCGAAGAGCGCCUCGUAAUCGCCAAGCUCGGACUGUGGAUAUCCAUCCUGCAAGGCGAUCUCGACAAGGAGGAGAGGGAGUGGGAAGGUGUGCGUGCGGUGGCUCUUCAGGGGGCCGCGAGGAGUUUGAGAGGAGAAGAGGGAGUGAGGGGAGUGGUACUGGACGUUGCGCAGGCGGAGGUAGCAAGGGUCAGAUUUGAAGGGGAGGAUUUGUCAUCUGAGGUCAGAGAGGAGGAGAGCGAGAAGGCGGAGGGUCUGGAAGUUCUGCAGGACCCGUCCGAUCCGGACGCUGAUCCAGACGCAACCGAGAGGCGGAGCAGUCGGGAGUCGGACCGGCGGACCUAUACGAACGGCCAUCACGACUCUAGCGGGGCAACAUCUUUGGGCACGACACCGCAGGAGCUACCCAUCUUGAUACGGCUCUCUAGCGACGAGGCGGAUCAGCAGCUAGCCAGUGUCAGUACGGAUCGGCCGGGCAUGAGCAGGCAUGUCUCGGCAGGAGGGUGA